AGACGGGGUCUUGAAACUCGGGUGCUUCGAGUCUUCAGGAAGCGGCUGGCUCUCGGUCCGUCGCUUAAGCUAAGGGAUGGCUGUCUUGAAUAAGCCUCCGUUGGGCUUAUUAUAUGCGGGGUCCGUGCUUUUCCAACCCUUCACAGGACGUCCUAAACCUGGUUACGGCCUCCUUGCCAUGGGCUUUGGGACUUUUAUUUUUGGAACUUACGUUCUUUUCAAAUGGAACUGGGAGAGAAGACUGCUGGCCUUUGAGGAUGCGGAAGCCAGGAUAGCAGUCAUGCCUCUCUUGAUGGCUGAGGAGGACCGCAAGACACUACGCCUCAUGCGUUCUAACUUGGAUGAGGAAGCCAAGAUCAUGAAAGACGUCCCCGGCUGGCAGGUUGGAGAGUCUGUCUACCAUACCACACGCUGGGUGUCCCCCAGAGCUGACGAGCUGUAUUACCUUCAGCCAGCAAAAGUUCAGGAAGAUAUCUUCUUCGGUUACACUUGGAGCACAUAAGCAGACAUGGGUUGCGGAAGGACCCACGUCUCUUGCUUUCCCAGAACGGAACAUAUUUCUUAAUAAACUAAUGCUCUCUGGAGCAUCGAUCCAU